UGAACAGACAGUUCAGAAGAAGAGCAUUUAUCUGAAAUAGGAAUAUUUUGUAACAUUAUGAAUGUCUUUAUCAUCAUGCACUUUUAAUCAAUUUAAUGCAUCCUUGCUAACUAAAAAUAUUGAUUUCUAUAAUCAAUAGAAAUUUAAUAAUGCAUAUACAAUGAUUUAAUUAUACUGACUCCAAGCUUUUGAAUAGUAUCGUGUAUAAGCUUUUUAAUUCAGAUAAAUGCUGAUCUUUGGAUCUUUCUAUUCAUCAAAGUAUCCUGAAAAAAUAUAUACUCAACUGUUUUAAAUAAUAACUGUAAUAAUAAUACAAAAUGUUUCUUGAACUGCAAAUCAGCAUAUAGGAAUGAUUUCUGAAAGAUCACGUGACACUGAAGGCUGGAGUAAUGAUGAUGAAAAUGUAGCAUUGUCAUCACAGGAAUGAAUUACAUUUUAAAAUAUAUCCAAACAGAAAGCAGUUAUUAUAAAUAUUUCACAAUAUUAUUGCUUUUGCUGUAUUUUGGAUUAAAAAAAUGCAGGCUUUGUGAGCAGAAGAAAAUUAUUUAAAAACAUUAAAAUCUUAUUGUCCAAAAACUUUUGACUGGUAGUGUGUGUGUGUGUGUGUGUGCGUGGUGGUCUGUCUACUGUAAGCAAUGUAAUUUCCUUUUGUCUGUUUUAAAAUAAAUGUUCCUUUUAACUUUAACAUUUAAAACAAAAGCAAUAACAGACGAAUUAUCCGCAUAACAAUUAUGUUUUAAAAAGUAGGCGGCCUACCUUAAUCUUUGUAGUAGCCUAACCAAUGUAAGGAAAUAUGCAUUAGACGUGUUUACGUUUAUAUAAAUAAGUUCAUAUUUAGGCUGGUCUAAGACUGCUGUGACCUUCUUUGCUUGCGGAAGCUGUCGACGUCCAAAUGGCUAAUUGGCUUUUUCUUUUGUUAAUGAACGCCGGACUCAAGGGAUGUGCUGUAGCCCCGGGCCUGUAAGCUGAUCCUGGAGCGCUGUGUGUGGUAUCCAGACCUCUCGACAGAGACAGCCUGCUUCCACUCGAGCCAAAGUCAUUCCUCUCUCCCUCCCUUGUCCAUGUCUGUCUCUCGCUGAUCACUGUCUCCCUCAUUUAAUGGUAUGGUUUAUUUAUUUUAGUCCUGCUGGCUUUAUUAAGGCCUCUCACGCUCAUUGAGUUCUUGUUCGUAUUGACAGCCCUCCAAGUCCAUUAGAUGAACCCAUCCAAUUAGAAUUCGAGUUGCAAAUGCGAAUUUCACAAAGUAAACACUAGGAUUAGCCCUCAGCUCACUCGAUAAGCUAAGCUAAUCUUUAUUAAAAAUCAUAAUUCUAUUCUACCCAACUUUAUUCUCAUAAAGCGUGCAACUCUGACUGACUCAUUCAGGCGAAAUGGCCAAAGCAUAUUUUAUAAACAAGCCAAAAGGAUAAGCAAGCUUAAGCCAGAAAGAUGAUGAUAAUGAUGAGAGACGCGAUGUUUGUGGUCGCAUAGUGAUAGAUUGAGGGUCAGUUGAUUUUGGUGGACAGUCCGUGAGGCUCUGGAGAGAGAGAAAGAGUUGAGUUUGCAGGGGUCUAGGGGUUUGAGGGGGUGGGUGAGGCGGGAAAGGAGGAGCAAUUAGAGGAGAGAAAGCCGGGGAGAGUUAUUGAGUGAUUGGCUGUCGAGUUUUGUUUAGUUGAGGCGCUGCACGAACUCAGUCUUUCCAUUUCUUCCUCAAAAACGGACUACAGCCGCCAGGAUCAGAACGGAGCUCGUGGCGGAAAAAGAACCGUUUCAAAACGGACCACGAUUACGCACGUUACUUGGAUACUUUCCCUAACCAAAAACAGGAUUUUGAUCACAAAGUUAAAGCCCGAAAAAGAAGACCGUAGAGUCUACAUAGGAUGCCUUGUUAAAUUAGCAUAAGCGUGGCGUUUAUUCUCGAAACCUGUGUUUUCUUGAACCUCGUUAUUGGUUACCGAGUAUCUCAAUCUUUGGGGCUUUGCUUAAGUUUUUCUUCUGUCAACGUCAACGUCUGUCAGCCAGUUGUGUUCGUGCGUCAGCGCGGGACAGAUGACGACUGAGAGCUCCCACGGACCACUGAGCUCGACGCCCCCGAUGAGGACCAGUCCGGCGUCCAGCGAGCUGCAUCCAGGACUGAUGAACGCGACAGGUAGCUUGGAGGACCAUGGCGCAGUGUCCAAGACUAAAAAGACUAACUCAGGACUGCGACGCCCGGAGAAACCGCCCUACUCUUACAUUGCACUCAUUGUGAUGGCAAUUCAGAGCGCACCGACAAAGCGCCUCACACUGAGUGAGAUUUACCAAUUCUUACAAACACGCUUCCCUUUUUUCCGAGGCUCAUAUCAGGGCUGGAAAAACUCUGUUCGGCACAACUUGUCUCUGAAUGAGUGCUUCAUUAAACUACCAAAAGGUCUUGGGCGGCCGGGGAAAGGACAUUACUGGACCAUAGACCCCACCAGUGAGUUUAUGUUCGAGGAAGGGUCAUUUCGGCGAAGACCACGAGGAUUUAGGAGAAAAUGUCAGGCCAUGAAACCCAUGUAUAGAAUGAUGAACGGCCUAGGGUUCGGUUCCGCCAUUUUACCCCAGAGCUUCGAUUACCAACCUCCCACCAGCGCACUUGCGUGCCAUGGCACUGGCUAUAACCUGGACCUGUCUGGUAAUGGUUAUGAGUCGUUAAACAGCGGGCACCAUGGUCACAUGUCCCCCAGCUCGAGACAUGGUUAUAUGGCUAGCUGUCCAGUGCCUGGGAACGGAGACUAUGGCGCGGAGAGCAACACCAGCCCAGUCCCGUCUUCUCCUGCAAUAGCGGGCGCGCUUGAGGGUCACUCGCCCUAUUCAGAGGGAACAGCACUAUGGGCUUCUUCUUCAAAUUCUCCAUACCUAAAACAGCCGACUACAGUCUCGAGCAAUUCGCCGUCCACGGGGCAGCAUCCUGGCAUAUUCACCUACUCCCUGGAACAGGGUUACAUACAGCAAAGUGCGAGAGACAACACAGACAUGUCAGUGGGUAUAUCACGCUAUCCGACACAUUCUUCCCCAGUCGGAGAACGGAAGGACUUCAUGUUGAAUUUUAACGGAAUUACCUCUUUCCAUCCGUCUGCUGGUGGAUAUUAUCAUCACCAUCAUCAUCACCAUCAUCACCAUCAGAGUAUGCAUCAAGACGUCAAACCUUGCGUGAUGUAGUCCGCUUGUUGCGGAGAAAGUUGCACAAAGAUAAGCACUUGGAUAGCUGUGAGGUAAAGACAAUUAAUGAAGGAUUAAUAAUUGUACACUCACAAGAUGCUUGGAAAUGUAUUUUUGAAAACCAGCGAAAAAGCCCCUGACGACGUAACUUGACCUCACCGCCCCGAGUGCACAUAAAUCAGUUAUACUCAUGAAGUCAUGGACUUGCCACUUUAUGGCUUGUGGUUACAUUUCAAUAGUUUGCAUUAAGCACAUAGAAGUAUAUUUCACUUAAUCUGUACAGUGCAAUGUGAUGUUAGCAAUAAAACAUUUCAGAGCAAAGUAGUGUUUUUGCCUGACAGAUAGCCAAGACCCUAUAGCCCUCUAUCUAUCUAUCUAUCUAUCUAUCUAUCUAUCUAUCUAUCUAUCUAUCUAUCUAUCUAUCUAUCUUCUGAGUCAAAAGUCCAAAUGUGUGUUUUUCCCCAUCAGU